CGCAAGUUGACCAUGAAGAUUUUUACUCUCGCAUCCGUGCUCGUACCAGUGUACGCCAAGAUCACGAGCUCGGCGCUGCGUGCUAUCGAGCAAGAUGCGACGUUUACGGCCUUUAUCACGUUCAAGUCGACGCCCGCCGCCGAAACGGAGAGUGCCGCAGUGAAGGGGCUCGAGCGUCGCCAGGUGCUUUUCGACGAGGCGUCCACGGCGGCUUCCGGGCGCAAGCAGACGCUGGCUGAGAUCGUCGGUGACCGCAAGGUCAAGGCGUUCUGGAUCACGAAUGCGGCCACGGUCGAGAAGGUUGACCGCGCACUCGCCGACAAGAUCGCCAAGCUCGACAAUGUUCUCAAGGUCGACGUGGUCAAGACGAUCCAGCUCAGCCCGGUCCUCACCAAGAAGAACGACGGUGCAGAGAACUCGCCUGUUGACAACUCGCGCCCGACCGGCAUCCAGUGGGGCGUCACGACGAUUGGCGCCACCGACGUCUGGAAGACCACCAAGGGUGAAGGCAUCAUCAUCGGCUCGAUCGACACGGGUGUCCGCCACACCCAUGAAUCCAUCAAGUCCAAGUAUCGCGAGGCCAAGGGCUGGUACGACCCGUACCUCCAGACGGCGGUGCCGGAAGAUCUCAACGGCCACGGUACCCACACGAUCGGUACCAUGGUCGGCGACUAUGGUAUCGGCGUUGCUCCCAACGCCCAGUUCAUUGCCUGCCGCGGCUUGUAUGUGGGGGGUGGCACGAACGCGGCCUUGAUCGAGUGCGCCGAGUUUAUGAUGUGCCCGACCGAGACGGACGGGUCGCGCCCCGACUGCAAGAAGGGCGCCAACGUCGUCAACAACUCGUGGGGCAGUGACGCGAGCACUGACCCGUGGUACCAAGACAUUGUUGACGCGUGGCACAAGGCCGGUAUCACGCCCAUCUUUGCUAACGGCAACGACGGCCCCGCCUGCGCGACGGCCGGCAACCCGGCAAACUACCCCAACGUCAUCUCGGUCGGUGCCAUCGGGUCGUACGACGACGACCCGACGCAGCUUGCGUACUUUUCGUCCAAGGGCCCGGCGCAGUUCGUCGACCGCUUGAACCAGGUGCACACGAUCGUCAAGCCCGAUGUCUCGGCGCCCGGCUUCUUUACGUACUCGGCCAUCAACUCGAGUGAUACGUUCUACGACUACAAGGCGGGUACGUCGAUGGCAGCGCCGCACGUCGCCGGCGUCGUCGCUCUCCUCAAGUCGGUGCAAAAAGAUCUGACGUACGACGAGAUUUACCACUACCUCACGACGACGACGGAGCAGUCGAUUCUGCAGGCCGAACCAGAGAAGUGGCUCCUCACGCGCAACCGCACGCUUCCGGGCGCGCCCAACUGCGGCGGUGUCGACGACAAGGUGUGGCCCAACAACCGGUACGGUUACGGUCGUGUCAACGUCGCCAAGAUCGUCAAGGACGGCAAGCUCCCGGUACCACCGCCGGCUCCGACGCCAGCGCCUCUCAAGCCAUCUGCCACCAACUCGCUCUGCAACUACAAGCACAACGUCCUCUCUGAGUGGAACGGCCAGCUCUUUGUUGACACGGAGAAGAAGAACUUGAACGAAAAGUUCUGGUACAACUUUGACGACAAGUCGAUCCAGUCGCAGACCAAGAAUACGACGUGCCUCGAUGUCUUCCAGGACGUUCAGGGCAAAAACCAGGUGCGCCUCUACACGUGCACGGGCAGCUCGACGCAAAAGUGGGACUUUGAGCCCAACUCACACAGCCUCCGCCACUUGACGGUGCGCAACCUCUGCCUCGAGUCGGCCCACCUCACACCCGGCGCUGCGCCGUUCGUCGCCGACUGCACGGGUGGUGUCAGCCAGUGGUUCACCAAGUGCCAAGACGCGCCGGCUGCCAAGAGCUACGUCAAGCUCGUCACCAAGGACCAGAAGGUUUUCUCCGAGUUUUACUCGGGCGUCUACGCCAACUGGGUCUCGGACUCGGCCAACGAGCUCUUCACGUACGACAACAACGCCAAGACGCUCCAGGUGGCUACCAACGGCGAGUGCCUCGACGCCUUCCGUGACGGCGACAAGUUUGGCCUUCACACGUACGCCUGCGACGCUACCAACGGCAACCAGAAGUGGAUCAUCGAUGCCGGCAACCACAAGAUCAAGCACGCGACGCACAACAACUUGUGCUUGGACGUCGACCCGACCAACCCGAGUCAUGCGGCGCAGGUGUGGGAGUGCCACAAUGCCAACACCAACCAGUGGAUCGAUGUCGUCCAGUACUAAGUCGGUACGUUUUCGCGCCUCGGAAGCAGCCCCACAGUGAGCGCCUGACACUAAGGUCAACAUGAACUGUAUGCAAACGCUCUUGUUGGACGUUAAUGUUAGCACGUGGUAUCACAAAAGGUUUGUUUGGUUG